UCAGUCCGCGGUCUAGAGUUUGAUAGCGGGCUGUUUGAGGCGGAAGCACGUCGCUGUAAAGCUGCCAGCCGGCCGGCCCCUGUGCGCCAACCACCAUCAUGGGAGACAGCAGAGAUUCCCGCAGCCCGGACAGUUCGUCUGUGUCCUCCCCUCCAUCAGGCCAACGCUCGCCCCCGCUGGUUCCCUCAGCGGCAGCUUCCAUGACCUCGCUUCCUCCCAUUACCUCCGCCGGGGUCAACAGCCCCAUCAGUAGCAUCGGCUCCCCCUUUUCCGUCAUCAGCUCUUCACUGGGCUCGCCCUGCCUCCCUGGCACGCCAUCGGUGGGCUAUGGCCCCAUUAGCAGCCCGCAGAUCAACUCAACAGUGUCCAUGUCAGGGCUCCAUGCAGUCAGCAGCUCUGAUGAUGUGAAACCUCCAUUGGGCUUGAAGCAGCUGUCGUCCCACAACCCAGGGCCAAUGCUUUCCCAGAAACGCCUUUGUUCCAUCUGCGGAGACAGAUCCUCUGGAAAGCACUAUGGCGUCUACAGCUGUGAGGGCUGCAAAGGCUUCUUCAAGCGAACAGUGCGCAAAGACCUGACCUACACCUGUCGGGACAAUAAAGACUGUAUGGUGGAUAAGAGACAGAGGAACCGCUGCCAGUACUGCCGCUACCAGAAGUGCCUGGCGAUGGGCAUGAAGAGAGAAGUGGCCAAGAUGAACGACAGAUCUGUCCAAGAGGAGCGACAGAGGAACAAGGAUCGAGACGGCGAGGUGGAGUCGACUAGUGCAGUGAACGAGGAGAUGCCCGUGGAGAAGAUUUUGGAAGCAGAGAUGGCUGUAGAGCAGAAAACAGAGCUCCAUGCAGAUGGAAGUUCAGGUGGCAGCUCUCCCAACGAUCCUGUCACCAACAUCUGUCAGGCAGCAGACAAGCAGCUCUUCACCCUGGUGGAGUGGGCCAAGAGGAUCCCUCACUUCUCUGAGCUGCCCCUGGAUGACCAGGUCAUCCUGCUACGUGCGGGCUGGAAUGAACUCCUGAUUGCAUCGUUCUCCCAUCGCUCCAUCUCAGUGAAGGACGGGAUUUUACUUGCCACUGGCCUGCAUGUCCACAGGAACAGUGCUCACAGUGCAGGUGUUGGAGCCAUCUUUGACAGGGCGCACAAUGCCGAGGUUGGGGCCAUAUUUGACAGGGUUUUGACAGAGCUUGUAAGCAAGAUGAGAGACAUGCAAAUGGACAAGACAGAGCUGGGCUGCCUUCGAGCCAUCAUCCUCUUCAACCCAGAUGCCAAGGGUUUGUCCAACCCCAGUGAGGUGGAGCUCCUGAGAGAGAGGGUGUACGCAUCGCUAGAGGCUUACUGCAAACAGAAAUACCCCGAUCAGCAGGGCAGGUUUGCAAAGCUCCUACUCCGGCUCCCAGCACUACGCUCCAUUGGUCUCAAGUGCCUGGAGCACCUGUUCUUCUUUAAACUGAUUGGUGACACGCCCAUCGACACCUUCCUGAUGGAGAUGCUAGAGGCGCCACACCAGCUCACCUAGAGGAGCCAGGUUCCGGUCCGGUCAGGAUUCAGUGCACACCAAGAUUACCGGCACGUCGCCCCGUGCUGCGUCGUCGGCUCUUCUCGUUGGGCCUCACUUAACUGCAGCACCUGCUGGUUUAAAUGUACUGGCUCUAACACUUAUACACGUAUACACACACAAACACACACACACACACACACACACACAUACUCAUACUGUCACCGGCUAAUUAUCUCACACAUGCACAUGCUGGUCUUUAAUCCUUGUAGGUCAGUUCAGGCAUGCAGCCUGAACUGACAUACAACAUAACUAAUAGACAGAUAAUAUGUCUCUGAAUGGACAGUAUGCUAAUACACAAGCAUACUUACACACACACACACACACAUAUUCACCAUCUUUUGCCAUACUCAGUUUUCCACCAUUGGGGUUACGAUUCAAGGAAUAUAUGCCCUUUUUAUCACACAUAUACAGUAAAUGUCUUAAUUUCAAGUUAGCCUUCGGUUUUCACAUCUUCACCACAGUGGGUUUUUGCUUCUGCGUAGCUGGUGUACUUCCCCUGUUUUUACUUGGGUUACUAAGUUACACUGCUACCUACACUUCUGUAUGUUAUAUCCAUCACUAGUCGGUUAGUUAUUCAUGUACGGUUUUAGCUUGAAAUCAGGUGCAUAGCAUUUCAAUCAACUGUCCAAUAAUCAAUCAAAGUCACUUCUUAUUCGUCAGGAGGUGUCCAGUAAUGGACAGGCAGACACACCCUCCCAGUGAAUUCAUCCAAUCUCGUAAACAUUUGAAAUAUGUUAUGCUUUUUUUUUUUUUUGAAUAAUUCAUGCUGAAACUUGAUUGAGUUUCUAUUUUGAAGUACUGUACUCAUGAAAUGAGAGCUUUUUCCAAGGCAUUGAAAUCCAGGAAAAGGGGGCUGGGAGCACUUUGUUGAGCAGACAGACUUAGUCCCUCCCACCCUGUUGCGCACAGCGGGCUUUGUAAGACAAGAAGAAUGACUUGAAUUUUUUUUUUUUUUUUUCUCGUUUUGAUUUUAUCUUUUCCUCUACUUUGGCAGUUGGUUUGCAUUUUAAACAGUUUGAGACUCCCAGGAAGUACAGCUUCAUGCAAGACAAAAUAGUAUUUGUUUCUCUUUUACCUCCUGUUCCCCCAAAUCCUAACUUUUGCUGGUGGUCAUUUAUGCACUUUUGUGAGCUGUAACUGUGUAAAUGUUCCUGUUUCCUAGAAAUGACCAUCCUCUCUCAGACACCUAAGACGACCUUGAAGGUACUACGUGUAGGGUUUUCUCAUCAUUGCGUCAUUGUCAACUCAGAUCUGAUGAUUUGUUUUAGAACUUGCUAGAUAAUUGGCCACUUCCUAUGAAAAAAAUAACCAGCUUUUGGAAAUUAACACUAACUACCAGACAAAUGGUUAACAAUUUAGGCUCUUGGCAGGUAUGUUACUCUGUCCUAACACCCAGUGAAAGCCUAUUAUUCUUGAUAGGUUGCUCUGUAUUCCAAAAAAAUCUUCUUUGUAUCUCCUAUCCAUUGGCCAUGGGAGAGGAAAAUAAUUUUCUCUGCUCUCUGAACAAUGCCUCUUAACUGGUCAGCCUGUAUCUAAGUUGUGUGACCAAGUAAAUAAAUAAGUCUGGUGUUUGACCCCCCCGUAUCAAGCAGCUAUUGAAGUGUCCUUGUACAAAACACAUAAUCAGUUUGAGAGGCAUUGCUUUGUAUUCAAGAUCCCGCGCUCUUUCCUCUCUGUAAAAUUAGGUGGAAAAGCAGGAUUUUUGUGCAACACAAUCUGGCAGUGGAGAUAAUGCAACAUUUCAUUUCACCUGGUAGUUAAUUGCCUUAUCUGCAAUAUAGUACUUGUCCAGCCCGUCACUCAUGGAUUCAUCACUGGCCGUGGAUAUGAAUUGGUAAACAAUGCACCAAUGUUUGAACACACAGUGGACUUUUUGUGUGUUGUUUUAUUGUAACAAUGAAAUUAAUUAUCGCUACGUAAUGGAAAUCCUACACGUACUACCUGCGGCUUUGAAAACUUUAUUCAGUGUGUAUUGGCUCAAUGCUUGCGACUUUUGUACAGUAAAUGUAAAUAAUAAUAAUAAAAAACAAAAAAACAAAACGCCACCACCACAGGAGUCAUGCAGAAACAAAGGCCUGUUCACACUGGUGAAGGUGAAAUAUGUGGCUCCGACAAACAAAUUUAAAACCUCUGUUUUCUGCUGUUGAAUCAACCUCCCGUUUGUGGACAUCACCAUGAAAUUGUUCUCGAGCCCAGGGCCAAACCACACCUCACUGCUGCUUUUGCACCAACCUCUGCCAAUGUUUCCUGUUGUUCUUGGCAACUGAUCGGCCGGAUUUCAUGGACAAUGGCACUUGACAUUUACUGUGAUUGAAAUUUGUGGGCAACUGAAUCUGAGCAUUGCAGUGAGAAGUCAAAUGCAGCUACUACAUGAUCAGGAGAUAUAAAGCAAACUAUGAAUUAAACCGUCUGCACGCUCGAAGAUGAGCAAUACUGGGGUACACAUAAAGAUUUACUACCAUUUUUGUUAGUAAAGUAUUUAAAGGAGUGUUGACAUUCUGAGGUGUACUUAGCUUUAUUGUUAGUCACAACAUUUAAUAGAAACGAGAAACGUACAUUUUGCAGUAUCAUUCUACAGGGAAGAGGUACAGCUGUCCUCUACCAGGUGCUAAAUAACUAAUGGUCUUUUAGUUUAAGACUUGCACAUUUACAUCAAUGCAAACACAGUAUGCAAGUACACAGACAAAUCAGACAGCCAUUGUCCACUCUUUGAACAGGUCUGCUCAAGAUGUAGAAUUCCCUCUUAGAUUUUUUUUCUUUCUGUUAUUUUAUGACCCCCUAACUUUAUUGCAGACUCCCAACGAUGGAAAGUGAAUACCAGCUAAGCGCUUGUACAUUUUGGCUGUGGCUGAUGAGUCUUAGUUGCAGACACAGCCAGAACCUUUUGUAUUGUAGAGAGCAGUCAGGCUGGUGGAAGCAAUGGAAGUGGCUGUUGAAUUUGGGGAUCCACCAGCUAGUUUGACUAGAAUGAGCGAUGAGCUUCCUGCGCGGCAGAUAGUCCAAACGGUUCUUCUCAGAGAGGAUCCUUGGCCUCCCCCAUGUGAUGUGGACUUGGAGGCCGGCAGUUAGAUGACCUGUAAAACAGGUGGUUUUGUUUAACAUGUCACUAAGUUGGUCUAACCUUAGAGUUUGGUGUUGUUUCAGUUUUUUUUCUCCAUCCAUGCAUACAUACAGCCAACUCAACAAAGUUGUCUCCAGAUGUCCAUUAGUUUCCUACCUGCAGAGAAAAGUCAGCCCCUCGUGCAUCAAUGCCGCCUCGUUUCGGCGUUUGCUGGCAAAGAAAAGCAAGGCGGUGGCGAGCUUGUGAUCUAGUUGACAAGCACCAACAUCUGCUAGCCCUCUAGUCCCGUAUAUACUGUGAUGUGGUCUCAGUGCUUUAUGGCUUGAGUUGGUUCCCAUGAACUAAUACCUGGAGUCCGAGCUUUGGGACUUCAGUGAAACGGAUUUUUUGUGGCCGUCAGGAUUUGCGAUCUGCGACCUGGACUGGAGCUCAGCUAUCCUGAGACAACUGGGCCAUGGAAUGGAGUUGUGAGCGCAGCCCAAAAUGCGCUUUUUUUUUUUCUCUGCAGGAUUUUGUUUUUGGAGCUUCCUCUGUUGAAUGUUCAAGCCUGCUGCUACAGCAUCAUGUUUAUAGCUGUGGAAGGGAAUGAUAACACAAUCAGUCAAGUGCUGGAAGAUCCGCUAGUUGACAUUAAAAUACCAGUCACAUGCACGGCGGACUGAGCAAAUGCCAUCUUUGUUGAUAAUUCAUCAAAAAGUCAAAAUAUGCAACUUGUAUAUUCAUAUUGUGGUAACACGGUUAAACAGUUGUAAUGCAAUAUGUGCAUUGUGUUUCUGGCAUUUGUAAAUUCAGCUUAGUCUGUUACAUAAGUUAAUAUUAAUUGGCAGUGAAAGUAUUUAUAAUUCUUAUCCCUCCAUGUUACAGCAAUGCAUUUAGGUUUUGCUAUACCCUUUCUAUAUUUCUUUAUAUUUUGCUAUGAGCUUAGGUCGUUUAGAGAAAUAUAAACAGAUACAGUAAAAAAAAAAGAGAUAAAAAAGAAGCAGCUAUACAGUCCUUGCGGGUUCUGUAUGCUAAGCCACUUUAAGCUUUGCUGAUCAGGCAGACUUUUAGCAGGAGCUGGUGGUUAGGUGUUUCAGUUCUUUUAGCAUUUGUUAUACGGUGUGUGUGGCCACAUGUGUAUGCUUUCAUGCACAUGUGUACGGAAUCUGUCUGCAGCUGCGCCUUUUGACUGGCAGAUCCUGUAGCUUUGGCUGUGAUGUGCCGAGCGCUGUUAAAUUGACGCGUUGAGCAAAGCGAUGAAAGGGUGCACAGAGGAAAAGGAGCCGGGCUAGAGGAGUGAUUAACUUGCCUGUUGACCUGAUGCUUAAUCAACACAACCCAGCCUCCUCCCUUCCUUCACUUUGCCUCGUUUCCACUGCUUUACUUUAAACUUAACAAAUGCUUGUUCACGCACCCAUGUGUGGGCUGAAAACUACUGGCUUUGCGUUGGAAUGGACUUGUAAAAUAAAACUAUGAUUCUUGGACUGUUUGAAAAGGAUGUGAAGCUUUUAGUGGAAUAGGCGUUGGAGAGCUGUAAGGAAGGGAUUCAGUGCUGUGUCCCCCUCUUAGCUUACUUUACUUGACGGCAGAGCAGCGACGAUCUGCGGUCGCCACGGGAGACCGCCGGAUCGCACCGCACCGCCCACAGAUGUUUGUCGUUGCAACCGUGUGCACUCAAGGCAGACGCAAGCUGUGACCUUUUGACUGUGUAGCAGUAUUGUUGUCGCCAUCUUUGUUACAUUUUGAAAAUUACUCGCUUUUUGAAGAUAAAGACAUUGAUUAAAAAUGCUUUUCUUUUUUCUUUUUUUUUAAAAUGGAUCGCAGGCUUUGACUGAAGAGUUGAUCAUCGUGUAUAGAUCAGAUAUCAGGAUGGCAUUUUUACCUAUUGACGCAGGCCCCCUGGAGCCCAGGCCCGGCGUAGGCUAUGCAGCCUCGAAAACCACCACCGUCACGGGUUUGUUUAUCACUGCCGAGCUGUUUGCGGAUGUGGCUGUUUUUUAAAAUGCAGGGCAACUCGGUCCCCAGUGCUUGUUCGUCAUGUAUGUUGUGAUUAUUGUGCCAGGGCACCAAACAGUUUGC